AUGCAGUCCGACUUUAACGUAAAUAAACACCAAAAUCGUAAACAACCUUUGGCCGAAAAACAUGGAGUGUCAAUAUCAACAAUGCAACCACAGAUAAAAAUUCAAAGGUCGAACCAACCAAACCAAAACGCGGAAGCCAGUGGCGCAGCAAAUCAAAAUGCAGCUUUUAAUCAAAAGGCUGGGCCGGAACAACCUGAAAAGGAUAAAAAUAGUUACUCCAACACUGUCAGAAAACAAUCUGAAGGCCGGAACCUACACUUAAACAUACCAACUCCAAGCACUCAAAAUGAAUCGAAAUCGAAAGGCGACGCUUCAUCAGCUGUUUCUGACGUCAGCGAUAAAACAGAACAGGAUGGUUUCAUAUAUCCUAGAAGGCAACGGCGUUUCAAAAAAAGGCUUGGAAAGGCUCAACCGCCCGCAGAGGGAAAUUUUGCUGGAGGGAAUCGGAAGUCGGAAGAAAUCAGAAAUAAACUCAAACAAGAAAUCAAUGAAAAUUUAGAAAGAAAUAUCUCCAAAUCUCAACAAAAUAAAGAAAACCCAGAACAACAAUGGCAACUCAUUAAAACAUCACUUUUAGGACCCAGUAAAAAAGAACUUACGACAAACAAAGAUAAAAAAGAAGAUUGGAUGACAGACGAAUUAUUAGAAUUAAUGAAUGAAAAAAGGAAGUACAAGGCAAAAAACAACACCUGCUUCAAACAAUUGCAAAGUAAAAUAAGAAGAAAAAUAAGAGAAGCAAAAGAAACUUAUUUCUCUGAAAGAUGUAAUGAAAUAGAAGAAUAUUACGUUUUGAAACAAGAGCGAAAUGAAAAAGAGGCGACGAUUAAAAAAAACAUCAAACAGAUUCCCACAUAUGAAAGCGUUCCAAAUUUUAACCCCGAUGCCGUUGCCUUGCAAUUCCUCGCCUGCUGCAUCAGCCAUGCGAAAAUUUGCAAUGCAAGUCCUCAAUGA